CCAUUUUCAUAUAAAUAUACUCAUCCAUUCUUAGACUCAUGCAUAUAUUAUAUUGAAAAUGGCCAAACUAUACUCUAAUUGGCUCUGUAUUCUCUCUGUCUCACUCUAUUAUUACUUCUUCACUUGCUUAGCUAUGAGUACUAAAAAAAACAUCACCACCGAUGAAUUUGCACUUCUUUCAUUCAAAUCAUCUAUUACUUUGGACCCUUAUCAUAUGCUUAGUAAUUGGUCAAUUUCCUCUAAUUCUUCUACUUUCUCUUCAUGCAAUUGGGUUGGUGUUACUUGUGAUGAACAUCAUGGAAGAGUAAAUGCAUUGAAUCUUAGUAACAUGGCCCUUCAAGGUACCAUUUCUCCUCAAUUGGGAAAUCUCUCUUUCCUUCUUGUUCUUGAUCUACAAGGCAAUAGUUUCCAUGGUGAGUUACCACAUGAGUUACUUCAUUUGAAGAGAUUGAAGUGGUUUGAUUUGAGUUACAAUGAUUUUGUUGGAGAAAUUCCUUUAAAGAUAGGGGACUUAUCAAAACUUCAAUAUUUGGAUUUUGGAUAUAAUAAUAUUGUUGGAGUUAUUCCUCAAUCUAUAUCCAAUUUGUCAAUGUUGGAGUAUCUAAGUUGGAAAUCAAAUUUCCUUGAAGGAACUAUUCCACAUGUUGUUGGUAAACUUCAUAGGUUGAGAAUUUUGGAUGUUAGAAAUAACAAACUCUCUGGAAUCAUACCAUCAAAUAUUUUCAACAUGUCUUUACUUCAAGAAAUCCGUCUUUCAAAUAACUCUUUAUCAGGAGAAAUUCCAAAAGGAAUUGGUGAUCUUCCACAGCUGAUAACAUUGAACCUUCAAUAUAAUCUCCUCACUGGCAACAUAUUAAUGUUGAACAACUCAUCUUUGCAAAUAUUGGGUCUUGGUUUCAAUAAUCUCUCUGGAAUUCUUCCAUCAAAUGUUUGUCAAGGACUUCCAAAUCUUAGAUUACUCUAUCUUUAUGUUAAUGAUUUUUCUGGUAAGAUGCCGAAUGUAUGGCGAUAUUGCAAAGAAUUGGUAGAUUUGGAGCUAUCUUUCAAUAAUUUUGACAAAGGACCUAUGCCAGCAGACAUUGGAAACUUGACAAACCUUCAAUCUUUGUAUCUUACUAGCACCAACUUGGAGGGUGAAAUUCCAGUCUCCCUCUUCAACAUCUCUUCUUUGAAAGAGAUCAAUCUUGACGUAAACGAUUUAAAUGGAACUCUCCCAGAUGAGAUGUGUCAUCAACUUCCUCAACUUGAAAAAUUUACUCUAUUCGGUAAUCAUUUGGAAGGAACCAUUCCACGAUCGAUUGGCAAUUGCACAUUGUUACAAAUUUUAUCUUUACAUGAUAACUUUUUUUCAGGUUCGAUACCAAUGGAGAUUGGCAAUCUCAAUGAACUUAAGUAUCUUCAAGUAGGAAAUAACAGAUUGAGUGGAUCUAUUUCUUCAAAAGUCUUCAACAUCUCAACAUUGGAAUAUUUUCGUCUUGAAGAAAAUUCUCUCUCAGGCAUGCUUCCAUCAAAUAUGGGAUUAGGCCUUCCAAGCCUAAUACAACUACAUAUGUAUAGAAAUAAGUUUGUUGGAAAUAUUCCAAAUAGUAUAUCUAAUGCUUCAAAUCUCGUCAUAAUUGACUUGAGUUCGAAUGGAUUUAGUGGAAUUAUACCCAAUUCAUUUGGAAAUUUAGGAGACCUUAAAUCACUAAUCAUAGGUGGAAAUAAUUUGACAAUAGAUGAAUCUCUUGAAUUUAACUUCCUAACUUCACUAACAAGUUGCAGAUAUUUGAAACUUGUUGAAAUUUCAGAGAAUAGCUUACCAUUAAAGCUUCCCAAGUCCAUUGGAAACUUAUCUGUAGAACAUUUUUGGGCAAAUUCUUGUGGAAUUAAAGGAAACAUUCCAGUAGAAAUCGGAAACAUGAGCAACUUGGUUCGAUUAUCUCUGAGUAAGAAUGAUUUAAAUGGACAAAUCCCUAGUACAAUUAAAGAGUUGCAAAAACUUCAAUCAUUAGGUCUUGACUACAAUGGACUUGAAGGAUCUAUAAUUGAUGAGGUUUGUGAAGUUAGGAGUUUGAGUGAGUUGAAUUUAACAAGCAACGAGUUUUUUGGAGUGUUACCAACAUGUUUAGGAAAUAUGACUUCUCUUAGGAAGUUUCACAUUGGAUCUAACAGGUUAACCUCUACAAUACCGUCCUCCUUUUGGAAUCUCAAAGAUAUUUUAGAGGUAAGCUUAUCCCUUAAUGCUAUAACUGGAAAUCUUCCAUCUGAGAUUAAGAAUUUGAGAGCUCUUGUGCUAUUAGACCUGUCAGGAAAUCAAAUUUCAAACAACAUUCCAACAACCAUAAGUCUUUUGACAACUUUAGAAACUCUCUCCUUAGCAAACAACAAAUUGGAGGGACAUAUCCCAACAUCACUUGGUGAAAUGGUAAGUUUGAGCUUCUUGGACUUGUCUCAAAAUCUUAUUACCGGUGUGAUCCCAAAAUCUUUAGAGUCACUUUCUUAUCUUAAACACCUUAAUCUGUCAUACAAUAGAUUGCAAGGAGAGAUUCCAAAUGGAGGACCUUUCAAAAGCUUUGCAGCUCAAUCUUUCAUUCAUAAUAAAGCACUUUGUGGCAAUCCUUUCUUACAAGUACCUCCAUGUAAUAAAAAUGGGAAAAAUAAGUUAUUAAUCAUAUGCAGUUCAUCCAUAAUUGCUGUCUUGUGCUUUUUGGUUCUUGUAUGCAUAAUAAUUCUAAUGCAUAAAAGGAAAAUGGUUAAAAAUCCAAUCGAAAAGGAGUUAUCAACUUUAGGGGCUCCAGGCAGGAUUUCCUAUUAUGAACUUGUGAAAGCAACAAAUGGAUUCAAUGAGAGUAAUUUACUUGGAAAAGGGGGCUUUGGAUCUGUGUAUCAAGGAAAUCUUUCUAGUGGAAAGAUGGUAGCAGUUAAAGUGUUUGACUUGACAUUGGAAGCAACCUCAAAAAGUUUUGAUGCAGAAUGCAAUGCAAUGCGCAAUCUUCGACAUCGAAAUCUUGUUGAGGUUCUUACCAGUUGUUCAAAUGAAGAUUUCAAAUCUUUGGUGAUGGAGUUUAUGUCAAAUGGAAGUGUAGAAAAAUUGUUAUACUCUGAUAACUAUUGUUUAAGUUUCUCACAAAGGUUGAAUAUAAUGAUAGAUGUUGCAUCUGCAUUAGAGUAUCUCCAUCAUGGUUCUUCAAUACCGGUGGUUCAUUGUGAUUUGAAGCCUAGUAAUGUGUUACUGGAUGAAGAUAUGGUUGCACAUGUAAGUGAUUUUGGCAUUUCCAAGCUCUUGGAUGAAGGACAUUCCAAAACUCAUACCGAGACUUUAGCUACUUUUGGCUAUGCUGCACCAGAAUAUGGAUCUAAGGGAGUCAUUUCAGUUAAAGGUGAUGUGUAUAGCUAUGGGAUAAUGCUGAUGGAAAUUUUCACAGGAAAGAAGCCAACAAAUGAAAUGUUUUCAGACAAAUUAACUUUGAAAAGCUGGAUUAGUGAGUCAAUGCUGAGUUCAAUUAUGGAAGUUGUGGAUUACAAUUUAGUCUCACAACAUGAGAAAGAAAUGUAUGAAAUUUUAGCUUUAGCAUUGAGAUGCUGUGAAGAUUCACCAGAGGAACGAAUUAAUAUAAAAGAUGUAUCCUCAUUAUUACUCAAAAUUAAGACCUCAUUCAUCCAAUGAGAA